CGCUGCGCAUAGCAGUCGUGCCAUCAGGAAAAGACAAUCUCAUCCACGCGCAGGAGAGACACAUCAGAGCCCCUCAGGCACAACAACAGCUGAAGUGGUCGACUCACAGAGUGGCUGAUACAACACAAGAAGGAGAUAAGGAAGCAGGAUCAUUUAAAAAUAAGGAUCAGCUGAUUUCCUCAUGUCUGGAUGUGCCUGGUCAACAGUCGUUAAUGCGUAACGCUCAACACUCCCUCAUGUGAGGGUGUAGAAUGGAAACAACCCUCUACCCAGGCACCGAGGUGAAUACUCCGAGGGUUCCCAACAUCUAUUCCCAGACCACGAUGAUGAAAAAGGAAAUUAAUCUGAACCUGGACGACCAGAACUCCGAGCUAAAAUCAAACCCGCUCCGGGAUACAGACGGACUUCUCAACUCACCGGACUUAGGACUCUUGAAACUAACCUCUCCGGACCUGGAGCGCCUUAUCAUCCAGUCCAACGGUCUGGUCACCACCGCCACCAACAACCCGACUUCCCAGUUCCUCUACCCGAAGUCUGCCAGUGACGAGCAGGAAUUCGCGGAGGGUUUCGUCAAGGCGCUGGAGGAUCUUCACAAGCAGAACCAGCUGAGCGAAGCGGGCUGCGUCUCCGUGGAUAGACUGGAGCUCCUCGCCUCAUCCAACGCAGUCGGGUCCGCCGGGCUUCAGACGUCAGACCUUCCUGUAUACACUACUUUGAACGGCUAUGCGGCUAGUCCGCUCGGUGGCACCACCAUCAACUACUCCACGGACACCAUCCCUUUCCCGCCGCCUCCGUCUCAUCUGGCCAGCGCGCAGCAACAGGCGGCCGCUGCGGCUGCUCUGUCACGACUCCAUUCUGCCGGUGUGAAGGACGAGCCUCAGACGGUACCAGACAUGCAGAGCUUCGGAGACAGCCCUCCCCUGUCUCCCAUCGACAUGGACAACCAGGAGCGCAUCAAGGCGGAAAGGAAAAAGCUGCGAAACAGGAUAGCCGCCUCCAAAUGCCGCAAAAGAAAACUGGAGAGGAUCUCUCGGCUGGAGGACAAGGUCAAGACCCUGAAAACUCAGAAUACCGAGCUGGCAUCCACAGCCAGCGUCCUCAGGGAGCAAGUGGCCCAGCUGAAGCAGAAGGUGAUGAACCAUGUCAGCAGCGGAUGCCAGCUUUUACCAAACCAGGUCCAAGCUUAUUAAAUCCCAGCAAUGGUGCUUUUCAUGGAUGUUUUUCCAGCUCUAAAUAUGGUCUGAGGACACAGGCCUGUACUUUGAGGAACAUUCGCCUUUUGUAACCUAAAAUCCUCAUCAGAGACUUCACGUGUGGCCAUUGUAAAUGCACCUUCCAGAUACAAGGCUGCAACUGAAAAAAACAUUUGCACUGCACUGUAUGGAGAUGAACAGGCCUUUGAUGAGAGCUGCAGGUCAACUGGAAAAAGACCAGCAGCAGGUAUGAGCUGCAGCGUCCUCUGACUCAUGGAACUCUGGCAGUGUUUUGCAGCCAACAGACUUAUUUUGUCGCCCUAAUUUUUGGGAAGCCAUGUAGCAAACUGCUAUCCAGUGGACUGAUGUGUGAUAGCAUUUAUCUGUGUGUAAGCUGGACAAUCUCAAUAAGAGUGCAACCAAACACCGGGGUGUCACCAAGUGCUGUCAUCCACUGUGUAAUAUAAUGCCUUACUUGUUUACAAGCACUUAGCAAUGACAAAUAUAUCUAUUUUAUUUACUGAAACAUUUCUUAUUUUACAUAUGGUCUUAUUUCUAGUUGUUCCUCUUAUUUUGCAAAAAUGAACACUGCAUGUCUUGUCGCUUUUGUGUACAGUAACCAUUGUAUUUUUCAUUAUGGUGGCUGCUGUGUAGUUCUUCAGUCACCACACUUCCAUGAAUGUAUGUGUACGUACUGAGAAACCAUAUGUAUCCAUGUGUAAUGGACUUUCAAGUCUACUUGACAUUUAUUAAAUUCACUACAUUACUACA